UUGGUAUUUAUCUUGUCAUUUCGACAAGUCGCGAGUCGAUGUCACCAUCUUCGGUAAUCAACUCACAAAUCUAGCAUAUUGGGAUUAUUUAUCCACUAUUUGAUAUCUGUAGCAGUCUGCUGUCCUCUAAAUCUGGAAGAGAUAUAUUUCUCAUUCUUGAACAAAGGCUAAUUGAGAGUCAUCGAGAUCAAACUAACGAGUAACUAAAAAGGGGUUUUUAAAUCGUGAGAUUGUGAGUUGAAAAAUAACCAGAUAUUUAAGUCAUAUACCAAAUCCAAUAACUACAGUUAACAGGAAAAUCAAAGUACAAACCAAACACCAAGGCCAAGGAAGAUUUGAUAUUCUUACUGAGUUGGUUCAGAAGCUAAUUCAAACAUUUCCACAAUCCAGAACAAUAGCAGCAUCAAUAGUUCUGAGAAUACGGAUCAAUGAUCAUUUGGCAAAAUGACGAAUGAAGACGUUACAGCAAAGAAUACCCCAAGCAUCGAAGCUGCUGAAUGCAGACUGUCCGUGCACAGCUUUUCAGAGCAACUACUGGAUCAAGAGAUUUUCUUUCAUGUGACCAAGAUGAAGGACAGCUUCAUGUUAUGGAUUGGAAAGAAGCCAGCGAGCUUGAAAAACUUUGCAGUUGCCAUCAGUACUAAAUUUAAUAGUGAGCCAAGCAGUAGUAUGUUAAUGGGUGAAGUUACAGAUGUUCAACCUACAACUCUGGCUCAAAAAUUAGCAAAGUCCACCGGCAAACAGGUCUUUGUGAGUUGCAAUCUUCCUAUGGCAGAUCCACUGAUGCUUUCCCUUGUGGAUAAAAGAUUAACGGAGGAAAUGAAAGCCAAUCCAGACAAAUUCUGACCGAGACAGCAAAGACUGUGCCACAAGAGACAUUCCAGUCCAGUAGACAAGCGGAAUUAUUUAUCCUCCUGGAUGGUUUCAGUACUUUUACCAAAUACCUGUACAUUUGGAUUGUUUGAAAUCAUGUGAUGUUCAUGCGGCUGUACCAAAAGAGGGAUCUCCUUGAUGAGAUAUGACCUUUGACCCGAGCUAUCUGAUCAUGAAUGCUUGGUGCUGAACUUUCAAGAACAGAGUGUCGAGUUGAUCAAAGGACUGUCUGCUCAUGAUUCUUUGCACGUCAAGAGAGACAGAGUGUAUUCAGACUCGUGGAAUCGGAAAGAGCCCCCUCCCCCGAAAGGCUUUGCAAUUUCUAAAUAGCCUUGGCUAGAAUGUGUAAAAUUCAAAUUUCACAAAAGAUUUUUCUAAAAGCUAUGAUUUAUCAAAAUAAUGUAGUAAAGAUGAAGUGAUACAGUGGCACUAUUUUUAAAUCAAUAAAAUAAUGAACACAUUCUCAGCAAAAAAGAAUACAGCACAGUUUUGUUUAUUUCAUUCUCAACAAUUUUACUUAGACAACAUUUACAAUUCAACAGACUUCCUGUUACUUUAUCUUUCUAUGUAAUCUUUAAAAUAAAAAAUACUUUAAUGACUUU